AUGCCAGCAACAUCAGCGCAGCCGCGCGCGCAGGCCGCACCCCAGCCGAGAGGGCCGAACAUGCCUCGGGCCGGCGGCGGCGCGUCCGCGGCCAAGGUGCUGCCCAUCGACGUCCCGGCGUUCCCGCUGGCGGAGCUGAACCGCCUCACGGGCAACUUCGGGGACAGGGCGCUUGUCGGUGAAGGCUCCUACGGCCGCGUCUACCGCGCCAGGCUCGGCACCGGGGAGGUGGUCGCCGUCAAGAUGUUCGACAACGGCAGCUCCUCCGGCCAGUCGGAGGCCGAGUUCUGCGAGCAGCUGUCCAUGGUGUCCCGGCUCAAGUGCGAGCACUUCACCCAGCUGCUGGGCUACUGCCUGGAGCUCAACAACCGGAUCGUGCUCUACCAGUUCGCCACCAUGGGCUCCCUCUACGACAUACUCCACGGGAAGAAGGGGGUGCAGGGUGCGGAGCCCGGGCCGGUGCUGACGUGGAGCCAGCGCGCCCGGAUCGCGUACGGCGCGGCGCGGGGCCUGGAGCACCUCCACGAGAAGGCGCGGCCACCCAUCGUGCACCGCGACGUGCGCUCCAGCAACGUGCUCGUCUUCGACGGCCACGACGCCAAGAUCGGCGACUUCAACCUCACCAACCAGUCCCCCGACUCCGCCGCGCGCCUGCACUCCACCAAGGUGCUCGGCACGUUCGGCUACCACGCGCCCGAGUACGCCAUGACGGGCCAGCUCACGCAGAAGAGCGACGUGUACAGCUUCGGCGUCGUGCUGCUGGAGCUCCUCACCGGGAGGAAGCCCGUGGAUCACACCAUGCCCAAGGGGCAGCAGAGCCUCGUCACCUGGGCCACUCCAAGGCUGAGCGAGGACAAGGUGAAGCAGUGCGUGGACCCCAAGCUGAAGGACGACUACCCGCCGAAAGCCGUGGCCAAGCUCGCGGCGGUGGCGGCGCUGUGCGUCCAGUACGAGGCCGACUUCAGGCCCAACAUGACCAUCGUCGUCAAGGCCCUGCAGCCCCUCGUGAACGCCCGGCCUGGAGGUGGAGGGGAUCUCCAGUAGAUAGAUAGAGAGAGUGGAUGUCAGUCACCCUGCGCUACUGUAAUCGAGCAAGUUUUUGAACUUUUAUAAUUCGUUCAUGUUCACGGAACCGUAGUAAAAUUGUUGUCACGAGAAGGGCCUGAUUGGCCAAUCUAAGAGAGUGUGAACGUACCAUUACUUGUAAAAUCUGGAAAUAAUUAAUCGCAAAUUCGCGCAUCAAGA